UACUUUCUCACACAGUUCCUUCAACCUUUGUUCCAACCUUUAUACUCACACCAUAAACCAUGGAAAUGGGUGAUGCCCCAAGACAUUCUGAGAGCCAAACAAGAUUGUUAGGGGGCACAGAGCAAAACUGGUGCAAAGCAGUGGCUGGUGGGACAGGGAUCACAGCAUUAGCUCUCCAAAUUUCAAAGGAACCAAACAUUCCACUUUUCAAAAAAGCCCUCCAAAAACUACAAAAUGACCAUCCUAUCCUCAACUACAUGCUACACAAAAACACCUCAACAGGUUCAACUUCUUUCAUCAUGAACCCUCCAAUCCCUCACAUCCGUCUCAACAUCAUGAACCAGAUGAAAACAUCCGAACUCCUAAAGACCCUAACGAGCCGUGACUCGAAUGCAACCCUGUCCCCACUACAUACGAUCCUAGAGCAUGAAAUAAACAUUAACGAGUGGACCGAUAUUGCAACCCGUUCAUCAUGCAUGGGAGGGUUGCACUUAUGGUUUGCUAACGUGUACACCUUACCUGACCAGAAAUGGGUGCUGGUGUUGAGGUUACACGCGGGGAUCUGCGAUCGCACCACCGCGGUUUCGUUGCUUAAGGAGUUGAAGGAGGCGAUGGUGGAGGAGGGGGGAGGGUAUAAAGAGAAGGGUAACGUUGGAAUAGAGGAACUUAUUCCUGUUGGGAAGGCUAAGAAGACGUUUUGGGCUCAUGGGAAGGACAUGGUGGCAUACUCGGUCAACUCACUUACGCUCACAAACUUGAAGUUUAAGGAUGUGAAAUCGCCUAGACGUUCAGAGGUGGUGAGACUGAAGAUGAGUGCAGAAGAAACUCAUAAGCUAUUGGCUGGAUGCAAGUUAAGAGGAAUUAAAUUGUGCGGAGCUUUGGUUGCUGCUACAUUACUUGCAGCCUAUUCCUCCAAGCGACGCCCUAGUAACAGCAAUCGAAAGAAGUAUGGAGUGGUCUUCCUAAAUGAUUGUCGCCCAUAUCUCCAACCAUCUCUAUCCACCCAUGAAUUUGGUUUUUAUCACUCCGCAAUCUCAACUAGUCAAGAAGUGAAAGGAGAAGAAACCCUAUGGUACUUGGCAACUAAAGUGUACAUGACUUUUGAAAACUCAAAGAACAACAGUAAGCAUUUCUCAGACAUGGCUGACUUGAACUUUCUCAUGUCCAAAGCCAUAGAAAAUCCUAGUUUAACACCUUCAUCUUCCUUGAGAUCUUCAUUGGUAAGCGCCUUCGAAGAUCCCAUAACUGAGAACUCUAGCGACCAUGAACGUGAACUUGGACUAGAUGACUAUAUUGGGUGCGCCUCAGCUCACGGAAUAGGUCCAUCUAUUGGUCUUUUUGAUACCGUAAGAGAUGGACAGUUGGACUGCGCUUGUGUUUACCCCGCACCUCUACAUUCAAGAGAACAGAUGCAAGAACUGAUUGCUAAAAUGAAGACCAUUCUUCUUGAGAGUCUUAAAAUGGAAGGGAAAGCUUGAAACUUAAGAGUUGCAUUUUUAAUACUAUAAUUUGUGACCUGUUUUACUAUUGAAUUUGAACUGUGUUACUAUUAAAUUUGUCCAAGAUAUGUGACAAUCUUGAUAAGUGCAUUGAUCUUUAAUGUAUCAUUACCUUGCAUGAUUACAUGCAAAUUAAUUGGAAUUGAACUUCACUUUA